GCUCCCAGCGAGGCUGUGAAUCGGUUUACACGCCGCCCCCCAAGCCGGCCAUCCCGCUCCGGCCUGAUAAGGCCGAUUGCGGAAACGGGGAUGCCCUCUAUCUGGACCCGGAGUCCGUCUCCUUAUCGGCUGCCUGCUCUUUGUUUAGCGAUGGCCAGCCGGAGCGGAGAACGAAGUUGCGCGCACUUUGCCGCACGCAUGGGGCUCCGUCAUACAUGACAGUUGAGGACGCCGCGCCUUCUCCACCAUGGCUCUGAGACUGGCCAGCCCUGCACUGGUUUUGGCGAAAGCCUUGUUGCGGGAGGCGUCACGCAGCUGUCUAGAGCCGUCUCUGGUUGCUGGCUCGCGCCGCGAGGCGUCUUCAGCCUCGCUCAAGGAGCGCCUCACCCGCGACCUCGUGCUUCCGGUACCGAAUGGUCAGUUGGCUGGCAAGCAGUGGGGGCCCGACGACGGACAGCCGGUCCUGGCGCUGCAUGGCUGGCUGGACAACGCGGCUGUCUUCGAACCCCUGGUGCCGUUCCUCAAGGCCGAGUUCAAGCUGGUGGCUCUCGACCUACCGGGCCACGGCCUGUCGUCGCACCUUCCGGCCCGCGGUCACUACACCCUAGACAGCUACGUAGACGGCGUACUGUCGGCCGUCGACCACCUCAAGUGGGACACCUUCUCCGUGCUCGGCCUCGGAAUGGGCGCGGGCAUCGGGUACUACCUGGCCGCGCUACAACCGGACAGGGUUCCGCGACUCGCGUCUGUCGAGGGAUCCUUCCCGGCAACGAGCCCCAGCUUCGAGCGGCGCGAGGGCGAAGACGAUCGCGACUCGUACACGAGGCAAGAGGUCAUGGACGUGCUGGCGUCGAGGGGACACGUCUCCGCAUCGGCGCAACUGCUCAUGGCCAGAGGUUGCAGGCGCGUGUCCGGAGACCGAUACGUGUUCACAACCGAUCGCAGAGUGAGGUGCGCGCGGCCGCAGGGUCUCUACCCGGGCGUGUUCGACAGGACGCUUCCGCGCUACAGGAACAAUCUAAUGGUGCUGCAGCGGGACUGCAGGCUCAGGGAGAGGCCGCACCUGGACGCCCUGGAGGCCAUCGUGCGCUGCCUGGGCGCCGAAGAGUGCGCGCGCUUCAGCUAUGUCGUGCUGGAGAGCGAGAAGAACGCGCACGCCAUUUCUAAUAGGGACACGGUGGCGAGCAGGGUGAACGAAUUCAUGUGCACAUGACGCGCGCCUACGAACGAACUUUACAGAAAUGCGGUAUGUUGAAUGACAA